CGGGACAUCCUUUAAAGAAGCAAAUGCUUGUGAGUGGUUAUGGAGAAUAGUGACGUCGGUCAGCAGGGAAAUAUGGCAGAAGCAGCGGUAGAAAGUCCGGCUGCUAGAUUUUUCUGUCACAGAUGCACUCAAGAAAUAAAUCCAGUUUUACCUGAUUAUACAUGUCCCCGUUGCCAGUCUGGUUUCAUUGAGGAAUUAGCACAAGGACCUCCAGAACAUGAUGAAGUAUCCGAUGAAGAUGUCAAUGCUUUUUCUCAAAUUGCAAAUAUCUUAAGCAUGGCAAGUUAUAUUCAAAGGUCUGAGGACCCGUCUUUUGGUCAAAAUGCUCAGGAUGGCAGAGAAGGCAGGAAUUUAUCUCGAGCGGGACCUUCUAGGCGUGCUAGGUUAAGUCGAAUCCCAACUCGUCGUUCUGGUCAGGAUAUAGAAGCUGUACGAACAAGGGCAGAAGGGUUUUUACAACAGUUAGUUUCUACAUUAUCAGAAAACACAGGUUUAGUAACGAAUGCUAGUUUUCCUGUAUUUCUGAAUCUACAUAGUAAUCCAGGGGAUUAUGCUUGGGGUAGAGGAGGUUGGAAUGCUAUAAUAACUCAAUUAAUUAAUCAAUUAGAUGGCACAGGACCGCCUCCGUUACCUAAAGAAAAGAUAGAUGAAAUUCCUAUUGUGAAUAUUCGGCAAGAACAAGUUGAUAAAAACCUUCAGUGUACAGUAUGUAUGGAGGACUUCAAAUACCAAGAACCUGUUCGUCGACUAUCUUGUGAUCACCACUUUCAUAAUGAUUGUAUUAUUCCAUGGCUUGAAUUGCAUGGUACCUGUCCUAUAUGUCGAAAACUGCUUAAUGACAGCUCGAGCCAAGAGAACAUCUUUUCCAGUUCUACAAAUUUACCUGAUGUAAUUACUUUACCUGGUUCUGUAAUUUCUCAAAGCAGUGAUAAUGGUGCUUCUGCAAUGGAGACAGAUGACAUGUCCAGAAGAAAUGACAGUUAUAAUCCUCACCUGCCAUCAGUUUAUGAUUUCACCGAGGAAUUUGAUUAAUUGUCAGUAGUUAGGAUCUUGUAAAUAAGGUAGUGCAUCUGCCAUAGACAGUUUUUGUUCCUCAUCUUAUGUUUCCCUGUCACAGCGUGAAUGGCAAGAUUAAAUUAUGAGCCUUACAGCAGUUGCCUCUCUUUACAUUUGAAGUAUAAAAUGAUUACACUCAAUAAGUUGAAUUGUCCUUAGUCUUUAAAAACUGUAAAAAUACAUUUAACAUACCAGUAAAAAAAUUUAAGGGUACUUAUACUACUAGAAUACUUUCUUUCAUUCAAAAUUUUGUCUAAUUUUCCUUUUACAGUAAUUUAAAGUUAAUUAUUCUCUUAAAAUGCAUGUAUAUUAUUUCAAAAAUCCCAUUACUAUUGUACCAUCACAGACAGUUUGCUUUUAUAGUCAUCAUUCACAUGCUCAUAUUCACAGCAUAUAAAAUUAAAACUAUAUAUUUCUUAAUCUGCAUGAAUAAGUUUUUACAAUUUUCAGGUAUAUACCUAAAAUAGUUGAAGUGUUAUUGUGUUUAGUAUUGCAUGUUUUCUGUGCUAGUUUCUCAUUUUGCAAUAUGAAAAAGAUAAAUUCCAAAAUAUGGCAAAUGCAUAGAUAUACAUCAGUUUUUAUAGUUUUUCGGCUUGUGAUUAAGGGCUUAAAUCUUAUUGUACUUUCAGUUGUACUAUAAAGAUAUUAUCAUGCAUAUUUUAAUUCAAUUCUUGCCAAAUGAUUCAUUUCAUAAAAUAUUUAUAAAAAAUGCAAAUGAGGUAGAACCCUUGCCUUUAUGUGACUAUUAAUUUUAUUGUAUACACAUUUUUCAAACUAGUGUGUCCGUUUCUUUAAUUGAAUUGUUUUUAUUGUUGAAAAUCGAAAUGUGUAUACUGCAUUCACAAAUGGAAUCGUUCAUGAUAUUUAUUCUUAUAAGUACUGUGUGCUGCACAGAAAUAAUUAUUAAUUUGCAGUUUUUUUUUUCAUAAAUUAUUAUGAUCAUAAUCUGCAUCAUCACCAUAAUUCAAGCUGUAUAAUUUAGAAUUUUGCUGAGUUAAAGUAUUUAAUAAAAUGUUAUGCAUGACAUGAUAAAGAAUGAGCUGCUCUUCUAGAUUUGCUCUUUUAGCUGUUUGACGUACCUUGAACUUUUGCAUUGUAUUGUAAAAAACAAAACCAAAAAAAGGGAAAAUUGAUCAAGGCUUUUGUACAUAGUCUAAAUAAAUAAAUCAUUCUUUUGUAUAAAUAAAAUAUUAUAUAUCUAUUAUAUAACAUGUAUAAUUUAUGCUGUUUCUUUGAAAAGGCAUAAAAUGGUAGGUGUGUAAAAAGGUAAUCAAGCAUUCACUUCAGAAUGUACCCUUUGAGAAAAACAAUUCUGGAUUUUUUUUUAAUUGUGUGGCAAAUAUUUAGAAUUAAUAAAACAAAAGUUUGCCAUGUAAUGAGAUGGAAAAUGUUUGUGUAGAAUUAUAUGCAAUAUUUCAAAUUAAACAUCUUCAUUUGUUUAUCAAAAGAAAUCUUCAAAUAAUUUGUGUAAGCAAUGCUGAGUAGAUAAGAUUGCUGGACGCUAGUAGUUAACCCAUAUUCAAAUUCUACUGAAAGGGCUAACUACAUCGCAGUUUUCAUUAUUUUCUUCAUAUGUAACAUAAACACAUCUUUAGAAUGUCCUCUAUGGUGACAUCCUUUUCCUCAGGCAAAUAGUCCUUUAAAAUCUGUGCCUUAUCUGGCUAAGCAGAUCAACAUCUAAACAAUUACAGUAAAAGCCUGACUAUCCGGCAUACAAAUAACUGGAAUAUUUUUUGAAUUUUAGAAAUAUUUUCCUCUAAAAAAAGUAAGCAUACGAGAGACUUGUAGGCAAUUAUAAAACACGUGCAAGACGCUGAUGCCAAACAGUAUUAUUUCAUACCAGUAAUAUAUAAACUUGACAUUGCAUCAUAAUCAUAAGAUUCACCUUGAUUUUAUCUUAACACAAUUAAUUCUGGUCAGUUUAGAAUUUGUAAAGAAGAAUGUAACUUAUGUACUGUUUAUCUGUUUUUCUUUACAUUUAAAAAUAGUAAUAAAAUAAAAUUUGGGUGCC